AUGGCUGACCUGCCGGACCAGCUGAUGCAGCAGUUGUACCUGCUGGAGGUGAUGGUGGACCAGGUGUCGCUGGCGACGGAUGAGCUGCCCGGCUGCCCCUGCGAGCCGAUCACCAACCUCAGCGUGCGGGUCAAGUUCUUCGACUUCCCCUGCCUCGACAUACGCCAGGCAGAGUUUGGCUACCACGAACGCCGCGGCGAUUUCAGCAGCGGCAAGUCGCUGCUGUUCCCCAUGGAUCCGCUGGACCUGGUGCGCGCGCUGCAGUACUUCCCGCUGGCCGUGUCGGUGGUGCAGCCGCGGCCCAAGGCGCCGCUGCCGCGCGUGCUGGGGGUCUGCACCGUCACCAUGCCCGACCAGAUGGUGGACGCCGUGCGCCGCGCCAGGGUGUGCUGCGCGCACCAGCAGGAGGCCGUCCUCAAGGAAGACUUCCAGCUCGUGCAGCUGACCGGCCAGCCGGCGGGCUCGCUGCGGCUGUUUGUGCGCCUGUCGUGCCUGGGUCAGACGCUGGUGACAGAGUUUGAUGCAGACAGCACUGUGCUGUCGCUCAAUACAGCAGACACCAGCCCUGCCUGCCCUGGCUGCUUCUCAAGAGCUGAGCCAACAGACCCACGAGCCUCAGACGUGUACCCUGCACCGCCUCUACUGUCUGACCACGAGCCCUGCUGUCCCAAAGAGUGCCAGUGUGAUAAGACAAAGCGGCUGCCUGUGCUGUGGAAGCAGCAGGCUGCCUGUGAGUGCACACCGCCAGCUCCGCGCUCUUUCCUGCGGCUCAUAAUUGACAAGAUGGCAGCUGAUGCAGCAGCCAAGGCGGCAGCUGAGCCAUCUCCAGCUCAGGAAGGUCGAGAAGGUGCUGGGGAUGCUGCAGGACAGCCACCUGCAGAACCAGAACCUGAGUUGCCUGACCAGGUCCCAGCCGUCAGGUAUGACACGACGGGCGUGCUGUCACCAGCAGCACGUGGUCAGCAGAAUGGUGAACCUACUCCUGCAUUGAGACGCGGCAUGGAACUUCCACCGCACCCUGCAGUGCGCUACGACACUACCAGCAUUCUCAGUCCCGCAGGUGCUGGCGCUCCGGCCCCUCGCACACUGUUACAGCCUACGCCACCUGUACGCUACGACACGACAGGGGCUCUGUCCGCUGCCGCACGUUGCCCACCUGUCCGCUACGACACCACCGGCGCCCUCUCCAGGGCUUCACGGGGAACCUUGGUUGCAGCAUAGGUGUCAUCUCAUUCUAUGCUGAGUCCAUCAUCUGCAGGCUGACUGCUGUUCAUGUCACAGUAUAUCACAACUGGUUGUAUGCCAUUAGGGACUGGUCAAAGAAGACAGAUGAGGCAGCAAAAAUUCUCUAUAUUUGCUCUGAUGCAAAACCUGAGGAAAUGCAAAAUCUGGGAGAAUACUGCUGCUUUUUUCUGCAUGGUAUCUACUGUCCACAGAUGUCUAGAGUAUUAUGGAGAACGAUGUUGAAAACACAAAGAAGAAAAGUGGACAGAGGCUCCAUAUCAGCUAUGCUGUUGCUGAUUAGCUACUAGCAAGUACUACUCUUUGCUGAGCACACAUGAACUGGAAAAGACAUUCAGUGAAGACGAGAAGUCAGUUAAGAAUAGA